UCCGCCGAAACAACGUCCUGUCGACUUCCGCACAUGGACCAGGCGGAUUCGAGCCGUUCCAAAAAUUCACCGUCAAAUGGCAACCUCCCGCGAAAACGCAAAAUCCUCCGAGUAACGGUCAGGCAAAUGGAGGCCGCGGUGCUCCAGAAAUCCCUCCCCCUUUCAUGCUAGAUUGCGAGAAGAUUAAAAACUACACGUUCCUGCUGACCCUGCUGAUCACGUGGAAUGGAGUGCGUACGCCCUUCUUCAAACUAUUCAGGCUCUGCGUACGCCGUCUCUUCGACAGACGCAGGUACGACACCUGAUCGCGCUGCCAUCGGCGGGGACAACUUCCAGUGCACCUUCUUCCGGCAGCCUGAGCGCCAGCGCUCGAUCGCGCCCUCGCUCUCGUCGGACACUUGCACGGACUCUGAGAACGAGUUGGAUGUACCGGACACCUCUGGACAAUGGUCGCACGGGUUUCCUAUGUGUUUCGAAGACCAGAACGAACCCGUGACGAUCGUAGACAGUCGUAAAUCGAACGAUGCGCCCAGGGUGCGAUUUUGUGCACCGGUUUGCAUCGAUCCUGCGCCGAGGAAACGAUGGAUCCAGGAAGAAACCGGAAGCGUGCCCGCGAAGCUGCCGAGGAUAAUGAAAAGGGACAAGUGUCCGAGGAAGUAUUGUCCGCGGAGCGAGAAACAUUGCCGAGGAACGAACGCGGAUCCUGUUGCUGCGCGUGCUUUGCAGUGUCCCGAGCUCGCGCAUAUUCUUCCAGAGAAAUUCCCCCAUCCCGCGGGCGACGCGACGAGGAACAGCGAAGGUACGAUCGGGGAUAGGAUCGAUAGGAACAGGCGUUUGUUGAAGUCCAUCGAGGAAGUGAUCAGCACGUUGACGGAGACGAGAAUGAACACAGAGUCUAAGCCAUGCAUCGAGCCGAGUAACAAACCGGCGAAGACGAAUCUCGUGGACGAGAUAUUGGACAGAGGGCGAAGCAAACAUCUCGCAGACAUCUCGAACGAGACGGAGACGGUGCCGGUGCAGAGGCCGUUCUUUAAAAAUCCGAGGCUGGAGAGAGAGCUGGACGAGUCGAUGCGGAAAGCGGUGACGAAAUACAGGACCUGCUGGAAAUGGAGGGAACAAGGUUUCCUCGACGAGGACAGGCGCAUGACCUAGCUUCGUUAUCGUGAACGCUUUGUACCGUGAACAUAUAACAGUAUCGAAGCACGAUACAUCGAUUCCCGGAACAUUUGCAUCGACGGUGUUACUUUUCGAGGAGAACUACAUACGGAAAAUUUGCACGCGAAGACAGGCCGAAAUGAAUAAAACAUGAUCAAACACGCGAAUCCGUCGCCGACCGCUAAUAAAAUGCACUA